AUGGAAAGUCUAAAUGAAGAUGAGAUUGCUCGGCUACUCUGGGUGGAUAACGAAGACGAACACGGAGAAAGACAUGAUGCUAACAUCAUACCGCAGGUCAUGGAAGAAGAACUCGAAGAAAGUGACGUGCAGCCAGCUGACGCAGUUGCUAUCAGGAUGGAUGAGGAAAUUGAACUAGGCCCUCUUGUUCUUGGCAAGAACAAUACAACUGCUUGGAGUGUAGUAGCUCCUACUAAAAGAGGGAAGUAUGGCAUUAAAUUUGUCAUGAUGAACGAUGCAAAAACUUACUAUAUGUGUGAUGCCAUUCCUUAUGUUGGUGAAGUUACUGACAAACUUCCAAAUGAGCUGGUUCCUGAGUAUUAUGUACGAAAAUUAAGUGAAUCCAUCUCAGGAACAAAGCGCAACAUCACUUGUGACAAUUGGUUCACAACUGUUCCAUUGGUGGACCGCAUGUUGGAAAGAGAGCUGACGAUGAUUGGAACUUUGAGGAAGAACAAGCCUCAAAUCCCACCAUGUCUGUUUCAAGAAAGGGCAGUUAACAGCUGUGUUUUUGUUUUUGACGCAAACAAGACACUGGUAUCAUUCAGCCCAAAAAGGAAGAAAAAUGUUGUUUUGGUGUCAUCUAUGCACCACGAUGAUACUAUUGAUGAAGAAACAGGCAAACCUGAAAUAAUUAUUGUGUACAAUAAGAACAAAGGAGGGACUGACUCUUUUGAUAAACUAUGUGCAACAUUCUCCACCUCAAGAAAGAAUCUUCGAUGGCCAAUGCAAGUUGUCUAUGGUAUGCUCGACCAAGGUGGUGUGAACGCGUAUGUUUUAUUUGUUCUUGCAAAUCCACAAUGGAAAGAAAAGAAACAACACAACAGGCGUUUCUUUUUGAAAGAUCUCAGCUCAGCAUUGACUCGCGAACACAUGAUUGCAAGGAGUCAGCAGGGAAACAUUCCCAGACAAUUGAAAUUACAAAUUAAAGCCAUCCUUAGUUACAAUGAAGAAAGAGAAGAUCAAGAAGCUGAGGAGGAUCAAGAAGAGCAGCCAGACAACAAGCAAAAGCGGUGCUACAUGUGUGAUCGUAAAAAGGACAGGAAAUCUAAAUCUAGGUGCAAUGGCUGCAAGAAGCCUGUAUGCAAAGAUCAUUCUGUGGACUUAUGUAAAAAUUGUAGUGACUGA